AUGGCUGACUAUAUGAAUUUAAGCAAUAACUGCCCGCGUCCUCGGCUCUCGGGGAGUGAUUCCAGCCCGACAAAUCCAUUCAUCCCAGUCCCGCCCAAUCCAACAUUUACAAGAACUCCUUUAAGCGACGAAAAGACUGCGCUCAUCUUGAACAUCGCCACGGCUCAGAAAUCCUUCACCGGCAUUGAAAAGAAGCUUCCUGUCUUCGUGUGGAUUCACGGUGGAUCCUUGUUAUUUGGAAGCGCGAACUACGGCAUAUAUGACACCGUGAACCUUGUUUCGCAUAGCAAAGCCGUUGGUCUCCCCAUACUUGCUGUUAGUAUCAACUACAGACUCGGACUGGGCGGAUUCCUGGCCAGCGCGAAGAUAGCAGAAGAGCUAAAGCGAGACGGGUUCGCAGGCAACGGGAAUUUUGGGUUCACAGAUCAGAAGGUUGCGUUGGACUGGGUACAGAAGUAUAUCUCAAACUUUGGAGGGGACCCCAACAAUGUUACAGUUGUGGGACAGUCGGCUGGGGGCGUCUGUAUCGGCCACCAUAUGGCGUCGAGCCAUCCGAUGAAAUUCCAUCGUGCAGUGUGUAUGUCUGGUUUUGGGACAACCUUGCGAGCACUUUCUCUGGAGGACCAUGAGAACCUCUUUGACAGCACGUGUCGCUAUUUUUGUAUUGAUUCGCAUGUUACAGAUGCAUUGGAUCGGCUGCGGCAGGUUGACCAGCAGGUGCUGGCUGAUGCAGAUCCCAUCAUUCAGGGUGUGCCGGCCGGCACUGGCAAUCCAUGGUGGUUCUAUGCACACAAACCCCAGGAAAUGACUGCAGCACCGAGCUGGGUGAAGUCUUUCAUAUUUGGCGAUGUUCAUGAUGAGGGAGUUAUCUUCAUCCUGAACCUGAUGAAGGACACAUAUGACACCGUUCGAAGUACGCUCAUGCAGGAAGUUCAAGACGAGAAUUUUCUCAACGCCGUCUUCAAUGAAUACGGAAUCACGUCAGACCUGACGCAGAACGUACUCCUGGAUAGCGUAUGCACCAUGGCUGCGGAUACUGUAUUCAAAAUCCAAAAUUAUGAGGCCGGAAUUGUGAAUCAACGUCUGCGGGAAGAGGGCGCACUCUUCAAAUAUCAUUUUGAUCAACGCUCUCGUAUCCACAAUGCCCUGGAAGGAAAAUCAUACCACGGCUUCGAUGUGAUUUAUUUAUUCAGGGACCUUGAUACUGCCCUAACCGAGGUGGAACGUGCCAUGGGGAGUGAUCUUCAAACCGCCUGGCUUCAAUUUGUGCAUGGCCAGCCACCAUGGCAAAAAGGAAGGAACAUCGGUCUGUGGAAAGUUUGGGGUUCUGAUUCGCAGGUAAAGACUGAGACAGAACAACAAGAUGAGCCCGCUCGCCACUAUUCUCGGUUCAAGCGGGUGCUUCAACUGGGCGCUGGGGGAUUAUGGGAAAAAUAUAUGAAGGGGCUAGAUUCUCUAGUUAUGAAACGGGGAAACAGCGGGAAGUUUGAGCAAAUGUGA